CCGUCCCCCGGUGGCCCUGACCCCGGCCAUGAAGCGUUUCUUCUCCUGCUCCAGUUCACAAGUGGCGGUGGAGAGAUGGAACCGUCGUGACCAGAAGUUGCUGGAGGCAGUGCAACGGGGCGACGUGGGACGCGUGGCUGCCCUUGCCUCCAGGAAAUCUGCCCGACCCACCAAGCUAGACUCAAACGGCCAGUCCCCGUUUCAUCUGGCAGCUUCCAAAGGCCUGACCGAGUGUCUGACAAUAUUGCUUGCCAAUGGGGCUGACAUCAACAGCAAGAAUGAGGAUGGAAGCACUGCCUUGCACUUAGCCACCAUCUCCUGCCAGCCACAAUGUGUCAAGGUCCUGCUUCAGCAUGGUGCUAAUGAAGACGCUGUGGAUGCAGAAAACCGUAGUCCACUGCACUGGGCAGCUUCCUCGGGCUGUGCUUCAAGUGUUCUCCUGCUCUGUGACCAUGAAGCCUUCCUGGAUGUGUUGGAUAACGAUGGACGAACACCUCUAAUGAUUGCGUCACUUGGUGGGCACGCAGCCAUCUGCUCACAGCUGCUGCAGAGAGGCGCCCGAGUCAACGUCACUGACAAGGAUGACAAGUCAGCUCUGAUCCUGGCCUGCGAGAAAGGUAGCGCCGAGGUGGCGGAGCUGCUCCUGAGCCACGGGGCAGAUGCCGGGGCAGUGGACAGCAUGGGGCAUGAUGCUCUGCAUUACGCACUGCUCACACAAGACAAGGCACUGUGGAAGCUGCUACGGCAGGCCCUGAACCGCCGGCGGCGCGGAGGUCAGGGACUAGUCCAACACCCAGACCUUGUAUCCCAGGCCUCUUCAUCAGAGCCUCAGGUGGGUUCUCCACCAAAAAGCCCCUGGAGAGCAGAACCUGAGGAGGAGCAGGAGGAAGAGGAGGAUGAAGGCCCACGCUCGGAAGAGUGGAGGUACAAGUACAAAGAGGAGCAGAGGAAAGUUUGUCAGUUGGAGCAGGAGCUCGUGCAGAAGACUGAAGAGUGCAAGGCUCAAGCUGCAGCCUACCUGGGCCUGGAGAACCACAUUCGAGAGCAGGUGCAGGAGCUAGGGCUCCUCCUGGCCCAAGAGCCUGGAGCCCCAGGAGGGCAGAGCUCCUGUGUCCUGCCUGGAGGAGAAGGCAUGGAGCAGGGUUGUCCUCUGGACUUGCUGACCGAGUGUGUACAAGAGCUAAAGAAGCAGCACCAGGCCACAGCCACAGUAAACACAGCAUUCACUCCCAAGAGAGCUGAGGAUUCAGCUCCAGCGGGUAGGGAGAUCCAGUGUCAAGUCCAAGGAACUUCCCCACCAAUAGAACAGGGGUUACCCCAGAGCCCAAGGCCAGAGACCAUCAGGAAACCCACAGAACAAACUCUCAAUUCUAAGGGACAGACCACCAACAGAGCACAGAUCCCUGGCCCUGCCCACCCUAACCAACAGGGUACUAUGCCAGUAGGUCUGAUCCAAGCCCCAGCAGGUGAGCCAGCUGACACAGUGGCCAGCCCAAAGGGCACAGCAGCCCUGACCCAGCUCCUGCUGCAACUAAGGGAGGAACUGGCUGCAGUGUGGCGUGAGAAAGAUGCAGCUUGGGGAGCUUUGUCAAGACCCGUCCUGGAAGGAGCUCUGGGGACUCCCCGGGCUGAGGCUGCAGCAGCUGCCUGGGAGAAGAUGGAGGCCCGGUUAGAGCAAGUGCUGGUGAGGUUGGACAGGGCCAAAGCAGGGCUACAGGUGAAAGCGGAGGUCCCUGAGCCAGAGUUCAGACAGGGUGAUCCAAAGGCAGCUCCAAGGAGGAGCAGAAAAGAUGAAGAGGAGAAAAGGGCCUUGGGGCCCCGGGGGGAACCUCUAGGGGCCGUAGGAGAAGAGCUGUCUCCUGGAGGGACAGUUGUGGCCAAGGGCCAGCUGGAGAAAGAGGUGUCAGCCCUGAGACUGAGCAACAGCAACUUGUUGGAGGAGUUGGGGGAGCUGGGGCGCGAGCGGCAGCGCUUGCAGGGAGAGCUGCAGUCCCUGAGCCAGCGGCUCCAGCACGAGUUUGUGCCCAAGCCAGAGGCACAGGUGCAGCUCCAGCAGCUGCGACACAGUGUGGGACUGCUGACGGAUGAGCUGGCCUUGGAGAAGGAGGCCACCGAGAAGCUACGGAAGCGCCUGGCCUCCCAGAGCAGCGGCCUUCGGGGGCUGUGGGAUUGCCUGCCCCCAGACCUCGUGGGCAACGGUCGUCCGCGGAGCCCGGCCGCUGAGCCCCUGGAGGAGCUGCAGGCCUGCAUCAGCACGCUGGUGGACAGGCACCGGGAGGCCCAACAGGUGCUGGUUCGGCUGGAGAAGGAAAACCAGCAGCUGCGCGGGUCCCUGUCCCCAGGUGGAGAGCCUGGCCCCUCUUCCAAAGCCGCAGCAUCCCCCCAAGUGGCUGCUUUGGAGCAAGACCUGGGGAAGUUGGAGGAAGAGCUGCGAGCCGUCCAGGCCACGAUGAGCGGCAAGAGCCAGGAGAUCGGCAAGCUGAAGCAGCUGCUCUACCAAGCCACAGAGGAGGUAGCUGAGCUGCGGGCCCGCGAGGCGGCGAGCAUGCGACAGCACGAGAAAACCCGGGGUUCUCUGGUGGCCCAGGCUCAGGCCUGGGGCCAGGAGCUGAAAGCACUGCUGGAAAAGUAUAACAUGGCAUGCCGCGAGAUGGGCCGGUUGCGCGAGGCGGUGGCAGAGGAGCGCCGCAGGAGCGGGGACCUGGCGGCCCGCGCAGCUGAGCAGGAGCGCCAGGCCAAGGAGAUGCGCGGGCGCUCAGAGCAGUUUGAGAAAACGGCGGAGCUGCUCAAAGAGAAGGUGGAACACCUUAUUGGGGCCUGCCGGGACAAGGAAGCUAAGAUCAAGGAGUUAUUGAAGAAGCUGGAGCAACUUUCAGAGGAAGUGCUAGCAGUCCGGGGAGAAAACGCUCGCCUUGCCCUGCAGCUGCAGGAUGCCCAGAAGAACCAUGAGGAGAUCAUCUCAACCUAUAGAAACCAUCUGCUGAAUGCUGCUCGGGGCUACAUGGAACAAGAUGUUUACAGUAUCCUACUAAGAAUCCUCAGCAUGCAAGAGGAGUGAGGUGGCCUCCCUGCGAGCCAAGAGACAGAUUUCUGUGUUGGAAUAAAAGCAUCCUUCCUGAUGGCUGUUGGAGGCUCUAUCAAGGUGGGGUUGUGGAGGGAGGAGGCCUCACCCAACAUCAUGGAUCCUAGCCUGAAAAUGUACAUCUCGGGAUUAGCAUGGAUGAGCCCAGAGGAGGAUGAAAUCCAGGAUGGAGACCAAGUCUGUGGCAAAUAAAGCAGGGGGCAG